AUGAACGGCGGCGGGUUCGCUGGAGGUGUGCGCGGCAUUGGCGGCGGCGGCCGGGGCGGCGGCUGUCGGCGGGAUAGGCGAGAGGCCAGCGGACGGUGGCGGGCCGCAGGCGGGUGGUGGGGGAACAGCGUCAAGGUGCGUGGCCCGCAUGGGAUGUGCACCGUGUGCGGGGCGCAUUCAGCCAGGAGGAGGGCUGUGUUCGGCGCCCAGCGCCCAGAGCCCCAAGCGCGGGGAGGCGCGUCGGCGAAGGAGGCCCCCAAGAGGAAGCGCAGAGAUCGGAUCCUGGCGGGGCGCCAUCCGGGGACGAACCAGUCGCUCGAGGAGGUGCAGAUGCAGGUGCCAGUUCGCCGCGGGCGCCAAGCUGAAGCGCUACGGUGA